AUGAGCAAUGACGAAUUCGAAAGUGUAGAAGAGACCCCAGAAAGCAUAGAACAUGAAGAAGGCAGAGAAAAUUUAGAAGAAAAUGUUGACAUUGACUCUGAACAAUCCGAACGAACGGAACAAACAGAGCAACGUAUACAAGAUCAAGCAGAACAACCUAUAGAACACCAAGAAGAAGAGCAGCAACAAAAUCAAGAUGAAAUAGAACUAAAAAAAGUAGAAUAUGAAGAUCUUGAGUCAGACAGCGAUUUCGGCUCUUUUGACGAAGCUUCGUUUGAAGAUUUCCAAACCAAUGAAGACAGCGACAUCAACCUACCAACCAACGAGACGUCACCACAGUCUACGCAAAUCUCAACAGAAUAUACAGAAAAGAGUUUUGUUCAGUUCCGCGAAGAUGAUUUUGAAGAUAAGCAAGCUUUCACAUCGAAACUCUCAAGUGUACUAAAUCAAGUGUUUCCAGAUACUAAAGAAAGUCAUCAUCAGACAACUUCUACCAUAAAUGAUCUUCUCUCUGAACGCUCUGCACAAAUCUUCUCUCAAUUAUCCACAAUGCCCCAUUUACGUCCCCCCAAUUGGGUCAAGCUGAAGAUACGUCACAAUUUAUUGAUCUCGUUGGGAAUACCGAUCAACCUUGAUGAGCUUGCUACACCAGCAAAUUCAACUUCUGACGCCAACAAUCAGAACAAUAACAAACACAAUAGUAAUAGUAACACUCUCAAAGUAGAAGUCAACGCUGGACGUCGUAAAUCCAUCUCUACUCUGGAUAUUUCGUGGGAAGGUUUCAAUAUUCCCGAAUUCGAGACGUUGCACAUCAGCCCCGAUGGUAUGCUGGAAUUGAUAGCGAAUACCCGCGAUUUCUUGUCAAAGGUAGAAACAGAUAAUUUGAACAAUUCUUCACGUCAAUUUCUUGAAGAAAAUCAGCAUGAAGAUGUGUUGAGCAAGAAGUUGGCUCAAUUUGAAGAAAACUAUAACGACUUGAUCAUUUUGGCUUCUGUGUGGUCUCACCAUCUUCUGCAGCUUACCAAAGAUUUCGAAAUAUAUGAGUCCGUGGUCCAAAAUCACAUUGGUUACAGUCAGAAGCUCCGUCGUGACGAAAUCCUUGACAACUUGAAGAAGGUUAAGGUCACGAAGAAAUAUAAAAAGAAAGGAAUCUGGAACUGA